GUUGUGAGCACACGAGCAUACCGUUCGCGUGUGUUGUGAAUUUGUGAGUGAGACAACAAACUAACAUAUAAAAGUGACGAUCAAUAAUAAUAUUAUACAAAAAUGAAUCGGUGAAUGUUAUUUAUGUUUAACAGUGGAUUCAUUUAAAACUAUUUAGUUUUACUAUAAAUUAUAUAUUAUUUCAAAUAAAUUAAAAUAACAUGAUAUCCAUUGAUCAUGAAAGGCUUCAAUCAGAAUCAAUUAAUUAUGCUAAAUGUUUUUACGAAUUAUUCAAGAAUACCGCUGAUAAUCAAAGGUCUAAAAAUGAUUGGAAGAAAUGUAAAAAGUCUCGAGGCAACAAGAAGAGGGAGAAGAAAAAGCUGGACAUAAGCGGCGAUUUAAAUAGUACGGGACCACCAGAAAUAGAAUUAUCUAGCAAUGCAUCAGCAUUUGCAGUAUUUGCAAGCGUACGUGACUCGAUAUUGGAAAAAAAUUCACGUAUAACAAAUCAUCAUGACUUGUCAUUCAAAGCAUCAACAAACUGCAGUUCAACGUCGCCGCCCCCGCCAGAAUUAAGUGAUACCAUAGACACUGAUAGUGAUGAUGAAGAUCGAAUAUCAUCGAUACAAAACUUACCUAAAAUAGUUGGAAUAGGAUUGAGAAGUGUGUUUACGUUGAUGCGUGAAAGUAGAACUGUUGAUUCCCAGUUGUGUACUAAGUCAUUGUGUGCAUUGCUGGAUAUAUUGCAAGGACAAUUACCAGAGGGUCUCAAAUCCGAGCCUGACGAUGUCAUUGAACCCUUGUUUGAUUUACUAUUGGACUUAGCAACAUCACAUGGUCCAGAAUCAACGGUUGCUAAUGAUGGCACACAUUUAACUGCGGUUGCCUGUGCGUGUUUGCUGAGUCUCGUUGUUGUACGCGGCGAUACCGGAAAAUUACUCGCAGCAAUUGCGGCAUUACUCAUGUGUCCACGUGCACUUGCUGUACAAAAUAUCCGCAUGCCUUGUGUUUUAACGUCACUGCAACGCAGUGUUGAAGCGGUACUGCUGGGUAAAAUAACCCGGCCUGAUUGGAUCACGUAUGGAGUACCGAAAAAUUCAAAAAUUUAUACAUUUAAUUUGCGAUUGACCACUGAAAUUAGCAAUCUUGUGUUGAAUGGAAAGAGUUUCGUCAGCGAUGGUAAAUUUUUAUUCUUACACACUAAUCGAGGAUUAUUAAAAAUUGGCAGUGGAUAUGGCGGUACUAUUGGUGGUCAGAUUUACGCUCAUAAACCGGAUUUUUAUCCUACCGAAAUUGGCUGGCUGGGUUAUGCUAAUAAUGCUUUGUACUUCAAAUGUGCACCGAAAAAACAGUGCGAGUUAUUGGAAUUAGAUGCCGAGUCCUUAAAUGUUAGAGGUAUCGCCGUUUUAGAAGGUAGAGAUUGGCCAUCUUCUGUCAUGUUUUCCGAUGGUGAUAAUUUAGGAAUGAUUACCGCAGGAAAAGAUGAGGGUUUUGUGGUUCGUACAAUAAACACUUUGAGUAAUCCAGUGACAGUAACGUCUGAAUUACCAUUAAAAUUAGCGCGUAAAUGUGUUGAUGUAUUUGGCUGGGCUUUAUUUGAUGAAGAACAAGCUGUUCAUACAUUAAGCCCAGGUUGUGAUGACGAAGUAGUGUCAGUUAGUGCGGGUAAAGAAUUUUGUAUAUUAAAAACAGCAACUGGAAAAUUAUUGUACACCGGUAAAGGUAGUUGUCUGGGUAUGAAAAGUAACACGAGACCAAAUCGCUGGUUAGAAUUUGCUUUAGGAAAAGGUACAAAGUGUUUACAAAUAGUUGCUGGUCACGAUGGCCAGCAUGUUGUUCUAGUCAUGGAAGAUGGGACUGUACUGUUUGCUGGUACAGCUAGACGGGGUGAAGAUGGUGACAGCAAUAAAAUACGGCGUGCAUUGAAGCCGGUUAAACCAAAGAAAAUAAUGAAAGUCGAGGGUAAUUUUAUUGUUGACGCUGCUUGUAACAAUGGCUCGACUGCCCUCGUCUCCAAAGACGGUUUAUUAUUUAUGUUUGGCAAAGAUACGCUGCACAGUGAUCCUACAACGGGUAUCGUUAAUGAUCUUAAAGACGUUUUUGUCCAAAAAGUCGCGUUAGGAAAAGCUCACGCUGCUGUUAUAACAAAUAAAGGUCAUUUGUAUACUUUUGGUAUUAAUAAUAAAGGCCAGUGUGGAAGAGAUUUUUCAGUUGCAAGACCAGUUAAUAAAGAAGUUACAGUAGUCGCUAUGGAAACAGGAACUGGUGAAGACGAACUGAUAAUUGCUGAAGAUGAAGCGGGUGAACAGAGUGAAGAAUGGGAGGAAGCAAGAGGUAUGUGUCCACCUGGUCAACAUCAGUGGAGACAUCGUGCUUGCAUGGUCUGUACAGUAUGCCGUGAAUGCACUGGUUUUGGUAUAUCAUGUUUGAGCAGUAUUCUACCUAAUCGUAAUCCUAAAAGACCUGGACAGGAGUGUGGCUGUGGUGUUGGAGAUAGUGGUUGUGCUGAAUGCGGUUGUUGUAGAAUUUGCGCACGAGAAAGCUGUGACAACGGCGGUGAUAUGGCUGUAUUUGGACCAUCGGGUGGAGGAGAUUUAGGCAUGAUGAGAUUGCACAUGUUAUUUGAAGGGAGAUCGGGUUCUAAUUUCAAAGAAUAUUUAAAGCGACGUCUUGAAGAACGCAAACAACGACAGAGAAUAAAACCCGGUCCGAGUGUCGUUCAGUGGUCGGGAAUUAAAAUGAAGGCAUCCAAUAAUCAAAGACCAGUCGGUCCAAGUGUAGUAGCAAGAAAAGCUGGAUCUGGAAAGCUCCCGUUAAGUAGCAUCCUUACAGAAGACGGUAUCGGUGGUAGCGGUGGCAGUGAUGCUGAGCGCGGAGAUGCGACCCGUAUUGCCAGCAUUCCACCAGCACGGGUCUCAAUUCCCAGCGAUAGUCCAGUGACUCAAGUAGCCUGUGGUCUUCAUCACACGCUGGUGUUGCUUCAGAACGGGGAAGUUUUUAGUUUUGGUAGUAAUAUUUAUGGACAACUUGGUGUUGGUGAUUUGAUUGCUCAUGCCGGUCCAGUACAAGUUAAAAUACCAACAUCAGCAACUCAAAUUGCUGCUGGUAGUAAUCAUACGGUUAUAUUGACUGUCAAAGGAGAAGUUUAUACAUGCGGAGCUUAUCAGAAAGGACAGUUGGGUAUGAACUGGUGGAAUGGACAGAACGAAUCAAACGCAGCGCGUAGAUCCGAACGGACCCAACCGUGGCAUAGUUUUCCAAAUAUCGUACCAAAUAUCGGGCCACGCUGGGGCAGACGCGCCACGUGGAUUGGAGCAGCCGGUGAUCAAACUUUCGUAAAAGUCGAUGAAAUAAAUUCAAUAAGUUUGACCAAGAGCACAGUGAUGGCCAAUAAAAACAGUAUCAUCUUAAUACCUCAUCACUACGAGCACGCGAAUACGUUCAAGUGUCUAGUGAUAAACAAACGUGACGGCAGUUGCACCAGUUACAGUGGCAAUGAUCAAGUAGAUUUUUCAAACUGUGCUGCGUGUUUAGAUUCACUCUAUAACGUUAUCUGGACGUUUAAUCCAUCGAGCUACGAAUUAACUCCACACAACAUCAUAACAACAGAGUCAAGAAAUAUACCGACGUUAAAUGCCACAAUCCUGAGCCCUGGUCUAGCACUACCUGUUGUAUCAACUUGUUUUGUCACACGUACACAGGCAGCGAUGCAUCUUCUGAGUUGUCUUGAUACCCUGACUCAGGCCCAAGACGAGCGACUGACUGUCGUCGAAGAAAACGAAACCAGCCAAUCAAAUCAUGAUAAAAUAUACAGCAGAGAAGACUUUGCGACUGUCAAUAGGUUUGAAAAUCACGGCGGCGGGUGGGGUUACUCCGGACAUUCUGUCGAGGCCAUAAGAUUUAUGAGUGAUACUGAUAUUUUAUUAGGCGGCUACGGUUUAUUUGGUGGCCGCGGCGAAUAUGCUGCUAAAAUAAAACUAUAUGACAUUGGUAUCGAAGGCGGUGACCAAGAAAAUGAUGGAGAACUGUUGGUUGAAACAGACGAGAUACCUUACGAGUGCGAGCCGCGUCAAAAAUAUUCAGUUUUAUUUGACGAACCGGUGGGACUGCAAGCAAACCGUUGGUACGUCGCGUGGGUUAAAGUUAGCGGGCCAUCGAGUGAUUGUGGCUCUGGUGGACAAGCCGUCGUGACAGCAGAAGAUCAAGUAAUGUUUUAUUUCAAAUCAUCAAAAAAAUCAAACAACGGCACUGAUGUCAAUGCCGGUCAAAUACCUCAAUUACUUUACCGCGUAAUUACACCCGAUAAUCAAUCGACAAAUCGUCCAAGAGAUCACAUUGAACCUGUAUAUAUUCUACGACGUGAAUUUAGUAGAACUGUUACCAAAGAUUGCUUUCAAUCAUUGAUAUCAUUGUUGCAGUGGAGCUGGAAUACUUUGAAAGCUGGAUUGUCUGAUUCAUCACACAGAUUACCUACGACCUCUUAUCACUCGGUACUGGAAAUGGAUCAUUUGGUUUACAUAAGUAAUGCAAGUCUAAGAUUAUUACGAACUUAUACCAAUGAAAUUUACCCAAACCAAUCGGGUAAGAAAACUCCUCAGGAAUCAGUGAGAUUGGCUGAGAGUAUCGGAGAAGUUCGCGCGCUUUUAAGACAAAUUUUAGCUGACGCGAUACCAUUGAGUAGUAAAAGCAAAGGCAAAACCAAAGGGAGUAAAACUUUAGACCGCGUGGCUGGUAAUGGCGGCAGUAAAAUAAUUGAUAUUAUUCUCGAUGAGUGUCACAAGACUUUCGUUGCUUGUUAUCAUGCGUUUUAUCCAACGGCGUAUUUAAAAUGGACCUCAUUGUGUGAAUUACUAUCUGAGAUCGAUAAAGAACAAGGGACGUCACCGAAAGAUCGAUUGCUGUCAGCAGUAUUGGCAUCGCUUUGCAAUUCUAUGGUGCGUUUACGCUGUACAUUUCCAAUACUAAGCAACGUUAUGGACAGCAGCGACGGUAUAAAACGUCAGCUAAGUCCGUCAGACAAUUCCGGAUUACCAAUGAUGAGUUCAUCAGAGCCACAUCAAUAUCCGAUUUUAGUUGAGCAAAUGAGUUACAAGUCACAGAUAGAAAGCAUCGGACGUCAAGUGUUAAAUUGGUCAUUUCGCGAAGUACUUGACCGCCUUCUUGAUCUAAUUUUGAUUCCAGUAAAACGUUCAUUGUGCCGCGAAAAAAAUUACUCUUUAAAAAAUUUAAUAUUACACUGCUGUUAUCUAUUGGCACGUGUUAUUGCUGAAUUAGCAGCACAAUCAAGUGGUAAUGAGGAUGAAUUACAAGCAGCAUGUGGUAAAUUUAUGUAUACAACACCAUCAAGAUUUACGCGUACAAAUCAAACACGUACAUGGAAUACAGGUAACGGUUCACCAGACGCUAUUUGUUUUACUGUUGAUCGUCCAGGUAUCGUAAUUGCCGGUGUCGGUAUUUACGGUGGUGUUGGAAUGUAUAAUUAUGAGCUUGAAUUACUUGAUGAUCAAAAUAAUACUGGUAAUGAUCCAUCGCAUACACAAAGAUGGAGUAGUUUAGAUUUUACCCGGGGUUCAUUUGGCCCAGAUGAUUGUGUGAAUGAUAUUGUUGAGUUGAAAUUCUCAAAGCCAAUAACCAUCAAAGAGAAUAUUAAAUAUGCAAUAAGAUUACGUAAUCACGGUGGUAGAACGAGUAACGGUGACGGUGGGUUAAAUAUAAUACGUGGUCCCGACGGUACAAAUUUUACAUUUACCGCUUGUUCAUUGAGUUUCAAUGGUACAACACAAACACGUGGACAAAUACCUCACAUAUUAUAUUAUUCAAAUCCUCAAGAUUCAGAGAGUCCGCAUACAAGCAAAGCUAUUGCUGAAAUGCAAGCACGUAAAUGUACUCUUGCAAUGACUAUGACAAUAGUAACACGUGCCAAUGAAAUUUUAGCAUUAGCACGCGAACGUGCUGAAGAUAUUGUUACUACUGAAGUAUUGGGCAACGCGACAUUUAUUACAACACUGUUGCCGCUGGUGAUGGCACAUCUUGGACCACUAGCAACCUCCGAUCCACGAAGCGCCGUCCAAGUUUUGACGUUAAUACAAGAAAUGUUGCCGCAUGUCGCGGGUUUGAAUUUACUGACAGCGAUGGGAAUGUCACAGGUGUCACAAGAGAGCGAUAAUCAGUUGCAUUCAUCCUCACCAGUCACUACAAGCCAUCAUUACACGUGGGUUGAAAGCGAUCAUCCUUACAAACCUGCAAGUGUAUCUCAUUACAAAGUCUCUUUUCCUGAUACCGUUAAGUGGAUGACGAUUGAAUUUACACCCGAGUGCGGCACAUCGCAGCCGGAAGAUUAUCUCCAGCUUUAUAUUCCCAAUAAUAAUAAUGGUAGCGGUAGUAAUAAUAAUAAUAAUAGUAAUACUAAUACUAAUACUAAUACCAGUGGGUUGUUGAAUAAGAACCAGGAUGAUUUGUCGUCGAUUUAUUUACCGGUGUUGCAUAAAAUGAGCAAUGUCGCGAGCCAAUGGCCGCAGUACGCGAUAGUGUUACCUGGUAAUGAAGUUAUAUUUUCAUUGGAAACAGCCUCUGAUUAUAUGAAAGACGAUAUGUCAAUUACUUAUGGGUUUAAGUGUUUGGUUAUUGGGUAUGACUGGAUCACGGCUGGCAAUGGACUUAAAAAUUUAGAAAUUGAAUUAUCGUUUUUGGGAGGCGCCUGCGCUGCGAGUCUCAUGAAGAAAAAUCUUAUGCUGCCGGCUGUUUCAAUGGAAGAAGUGGAGGAUAAUGUGAAAAUUGCUCAAGAAACGGCACGAAAAAUAUUUGCUGGUCAUUCAUCACUUCUAGGCAGGGGAUUCGCUCUCGCUACGUCUCCUACGGUUACUCAGGCACUUGAUGGCGUUCUUCCGUUUAGUUGUCACUCAAAUGAGCGACUAUUCCUCAGGGAUUUUGUUGUCUGUUCGGCUGGAACGAGCGGCGGCAGACUUGCACGAUGGCUGCAACCUGACAGUUUUGUGGAUCCAUCGAAAUGUGAAGCGAUUUAUGCCAAGGAAGAUAUGAAAUGUGGUUGGCCUGCUAUUGUUACUAUUCUCACGAGAGAUCAGUAUGGAGAUGUUGUUCAUGUACCUGCUUUAAAGAUCGAAGUAAAAGCUGUUCCAAUAGAUAAGAAAGAUAUAACGGACGCAGAUCAGGGUAGAAAAAUUCGCCGUAUAUCUCAACCAGAUCCAAUGACCUUUGGAGGUCAUCCACAGCCGCCCUUAGAUAUUCCUUACGAAGUAACUGUUAAUAAUAAAAUGUGUUUUUACGCAAUAACAAUAAUGAAGGCCUAUCAAAACUAUUCAUUCGAAGAAUUAAGAUUCAUGUCACCUGCUGUGAAACGCUCUAGUGAGAGUAUGCUAGUCAGACCUAAUGGUGAUGGCAGUUACAGUGCAACCUGGACACCCUCGUCCGUCGGUUGGUACUCGCUUAUGAUCACCAUUGAUGGAUAUAAUAUGGAAAAUAGUUAUAAAGUAGAAAUAAAAGAACCUCCUCAGGGAAUGCAUCCACCUUCACAAAAUAUUGUUAAGAAACCUCAGCAUCAGCCAAGUAGACUUAGGAAAUUUGUUAUGAAAAAUAGCGCAGGAUUGAGAAUAAGAGCACAUCCGUCCUUGCAAAGUGAACAAAUUGGUAUUGUACCUGUCAGCGAUACUAUUACUUUUAUAGAAGAGAUCCAUAAUGACGAUGGCGUCUGGUUAAGAUUAAAUUCCGAGACGAUUAAAAAUUAUUGUAGCAAAGGAUAUACCGAGGCCUGGUGUCUCGGCUACAAUCAACAUUUAGGAAAGACUUUUUUAGUGCCAAUAGACGAGCCAAAAUCAAUUCUCGACCAAGUUCGUAAAGAGAUAUCUCUAAGGAAACGUUUAGAGUCAUCGGAAGAUAAAAGAAAAAAUGUCGGCGGAGCAAAUGAUUGGGGAUGGACGGCAAUAAAUGGAGAAAGAACGAUGGUCGUCACAAAAGCUGGUGCUUCUGGACAUAAUAUAAGAAGCAGACCCAGUUUAAAAGCUGCUCCCGUUGGUAUGUUAGCUCUUGGAGACUCAGUAAAUAUCGAGGAAUACUGGGUCAAUGGUGACGGCACUUGGAUACGCAUUGACGAAGAUUCAGCGUCAAAGUACUGCUUCAAUCACGGCGAGGCUUGGUCUUUAGCUAUUGAUAAACACGGAACCACUCAUAUGAAAGCUAAACACGAUAGCGAAAAUGAGCCACCGGAAAAACGGACUCCUAUUACUGUUGAAUCCACAACAAAAUCACCAGUUAACAAAGGCUUUGAUUUUUCAAUUCCUUCCGGUAGUAACGAUGGAUUUGCAUUUUCAACACCAAAUUUUUCAGCCACUAUCGCUGGUAACAGCGAUUACAGCGAAAGUGUUAAUCCAUUUGUCUUUAAAUCUCGUAGCCAAAGCUCCCCAGGAAGCGAUAAAUAUAAUUUAGAUAAGAAUGAAAUAUCGCCAAAAUAUACUAAAUUACAUUCUAAAGAGCGCGUUGCUAAAGAACGUGAACGUGACGGUGGUGGUAAAUUUAGCGUAUUACAAAAAUGGCUAAGAGGCGACGAUAAAGCAGACAAGAGAAGUUCCGGAAGAGAUUUUUCUGAGUUUGUCGGGGUAUCAGUAAAAGAAUUAGUAAAAGCAAUGGGUGAAAGUCGUGCUAAUGGUAACGGUGCAACUCCACCAGAAACACCGCGUCGAUUAUCACGAAGUUCAUCUCCAAAAAAUCCUCAAGGUGGGUCUCCAAGAUUGCACAGCAGAUCGUCUAGUCCAGUUGCUAUACCCGUAUCAGGCGGAAUGUUGGACAGCGGGACAUCCCACCGUCGUGGCUCAACACAAAGUGACACAAGUGCCUUAGUCAGUAGCCUGACACGUGAUCCCUCAGCAUCACCCAGUGGAAUAAGUAGUGCGUUAAAUACCCGCGAUAUUUCGCCAAGUCCAAGUUGCAGCUCGCUGCAAAUGCGAUCUGAGGACAGUAUCGCAAGUCCACCAGAUACUCCACGCAAGGAUCCAACUCAGCAGGAAUUUAUUCCUCAAACUCCCCAUCAUCAUCCGCAUCCGCAUCAACAACAACAAAAUCCCACUGAGACACCGAUUAAAAAAGUAUCUCAAGCUCAAACCCAAACAAGUCCCGAGAACGCAACGAUCGCAACGAAAGGCCAUUUCAGUAUCGGGUCAUCCGGCGCAAAAGAUGACCGUCAAUCUCCGAAAGUAACUCGCCGCAGUCAUAUAAAAAUCGUCAAAACCCGAACUAAACGCGCAAUAUCACCAGCGAAUGCUCAACAAUCGUCACCAAGUCCCGGACGUAUGUUGAAUCUCAACAAAGACAAAGUAAAAGAAGCGAUGAGUCCAUCAGUGGCCGAAUGUCUGCGUGCAGUUUUCGCAGCAUUUCUCUGGCACGAGGGUAUCGUCCACGACGCAAUGGCUUGCGCAAGUUUCCUUAAAUUCCAUCCAGCUUUGCCGAAAAACGGAGCGCUCGUUGUCACCCGGCAGCCAGUAGUUCACGACAAAACUGGUGAUAAAAAUAAAGAUGAGCUGACAAGAGAACAACGCGCUCGUCAACGGCACUCUGUUGAGGUUACAACCGCUGGUAAUUAUCUCCACAUUCAGCCCAGUACUCUCGAGGCCUUGACCCGAUCAGCAGCAAAUGCGAAUGCUAAUCGCAAUCGUAAUAAAAAACAGGACACGACGACGACCACCACCACGACAUCAUCGACGACAAUAAAAGAAGAAGUCACUGGCAAUAAAUUGAUGGCUUUGCCUGAGACUCAUACCGUUGCCGUUCUACCACCGGCAUUGAAAAGUCUUGUAUUUCUUUGGGAAGAACUGAGUAAUAAUUGUCUCCAAGCUAUUGAGGAACAAACUGUUUUUCCGAGUCCUGUUUCACACUUUCAGUUACUAAAGACACCCAAAAAGUCGAGCGGUGAUAAAGAUAAGGAAAGAGAUAGAGACAGGGAUAGGGACAGAGACAGAGACAGAGAUAAUAAAGAAAAUAAAGAUGAAAAAAUAUCUGGCAGCGCUAAUAUUCAAAAUAUAAAAGACAAAGAUAAGAAAUUAAAUAAAAAGAAAAAAGAUUUGAAUAAAAUAAUAAGCAAGUUCGGUUUAUCUGCCGAAGAAAAUACGAGCGAAUUAGAGACAACUUGCGAAUUAUGUGGGCAAAUGUUUCCACAUCCGAUAACUUAUCAUAUGAAAACAAUGCAUCCAGGUUGUGGAUGGCAUUCUGGUGGAAUGGGUUACAAUAACGUUGGUAAUUAUUGUUCUGGAUGGGCGGGUAAUUGUGGGGACAGUGAUUUUGGCGGUACAUGCUGGUAUUUAAUUUGUGAUGAAUGUCGGGAUAAUUAUUUGCAAAUACGUAGAAAUAAAAUGGGUAACAAAAAAUUAUCAAAUGGCAGUUGUUUGUCAGCAACAGCAAGACGUAAAGGAAUAAAAACAUUUUUAUCACCAAUAAAUAGUCCAAGUAAUAAUGACACCCAUAUUAUUAUGAAAAACAACGCCAUGUUUUUAUUGGAUUUGUCAAGUGCCGCGGGUGUUUCUAUUCCUAAACAACAGCGUAGGCCGUCUCAGACACUGACAUCCGUAGCGGAAAAUUACAGCCCACCGGAAGUUAACGCGGGACCAUUCCCACCUACUGGACCAUUUCAAUGUCUGCAGGCGCUUGGUGUUCAUCAUUCAUCGAGUUCACUCAAUGAAGAACGAUACUAUGAAGAGACACUGCGUCGUCAAAACGGCCAUGGGAACUACGAGAGUAAUUACAAUAAUUACAGUUAUAAUUACGGCACCAAUGGCAGACCACUGUCUGAGUGUCCGAUGAGUGACAGCGACAGCGACGGUGGCAAAGGCCGUGGUAUUGGCGCCGGAAUGUUCCACAGGUCAGUGUCCAUGUCAACAGGUGCUCCCUGGGCGCGUAACAGCAACGACGGGCGAGUCGUCAUGAUGAGAAAACGCAAUAACAGCAGCAGCGAAAUGAAUACCGAAGCUGGGUCGUCAUUACUCUGCUAUCCGUCAGCGGCAUUACAGAAAUUAGUGCCGUCGAUGGAUCAAUCGGCGAUAGUUGCAGUAAAUCAGGAGGAAAUUUCUAGUGUAGAUCGCGUUGAGAUGCUGACAAGGCCAGUGAUGUUAUUUGUUUUGCAGCAGCACAAUCUCCAGCAUCUCCAGUUAGCAAUGAAACAGGCGCUGCGCAGAGCUGCGUGUCGUAUCUACGCAAUGCAGGCAUUUAAUUGGCUACUGAGAAGUGUCACCCAGCCUAUGGGUCUGCAUGAUUUGCUAUGGUGGUUUAUGGCCUUUUUGACACCAGCAACUCCUGAUCCUACGGAAGCUCCUGACGUUGACAAUAGGGUGGAACGUAAAGAUGAUCUCGAUAUGACGGGAGUCUACGAGCAUCCACUUGGUGAUUUAGCUAUCGCUGGAGAAGCCAUCAAUCCACUGCCUAGUGUCUUUCAUACUUUGCUGCAGACAAUUGCCGACUUGAUGUUACUGCCCCCACCUGGGUCGCCGCUACAGCAAGCAGCUGUCCAGUGCUGGGGUAUAAAAUUCACUCCAGCUGAUCAUAUGUUUUUACAUCGCAGCCACGUGUUCAGUAACAUCAGCAAAAUUUUAUCACGAUCUGAAGAAGAGGAAGACGUCACUAUGAGCAUGCACGAGAGUCAUCAGUCCACGUACUCACAGCAGAUAACAACUUCGGUUGAGUCCCUUAAAGAUUUGACUGCCGGUGUCGAAAUAAAGGGCUCAAGUAGGCAGGCCAUGAUCGGACACUUGACUGAUAACUCAACCGAAACAUUCUGGGAGUCUGGUGAUGAGGACAGAAAUAAAACUAAAACAAUAAGUAUUAUUUGCAGCGCUCAUACAUUCCCACGUAUGAUUUAUAUCCACAUUGACAAUUGUCGCGAUUUGACACACAAAGUGUCGAGUGUUACAUUCCAGUCUGGUGUUAAUGUUGACGAGAUGAUUAAAUUAAAAACAGUCGAAAUAGAAAGUCGUUCUGCCGGGUGGGUCAGCUGUCCAAUAAUCGAUUCCCGUCAUAUUAUCAUUGGAUUAGAAUUCAAAGGCCCCGAUAAUUCACUGCGCGUAAGACAGAUUCGCGUUCUAGGUGAAAUCGAAGGCGAGUCUUUGAAGAUCGGAAAGCAGCUGAGUACUCUGACAAUCCAGCAGCGCAAUUGUGAGUCAGAGACACUAAAAGUUUUUCGCUUAAUAACUUCCCAAGUGUUUGGUAAAUUAAUUCAGGGCGAAUUCCGGCAGCCGCAGCAGCUAAAUCAGCAAGAAGAACCAAAUAAUGAAUUAGAAGACAGCAAUGACUUACGCGAACACAUGGUGGGAAUUUUAUUCAGCCGCAGUAAAUUAACGCAUCUACAAAAACAAGUUUGCAGUCAUAUAGUGCAGGCCAUCAGAAAAGAAACGAUACGAUUGCGCGAAGAAUGGGAGCAGAGUUUAUGCUCACCCACUCCCGUGAACAGCAUCUUGAGUGACUCAAGUGAUCUUCCUAAAGCUUCCGACACCUACUGCUUCGAGAUGCUAUCGAUGGUAUUGGCACUGAGUGGUAGCGCGGUCGGUAGAAAUUAUCUUUCUCAUCAGUACGGUCUGAUAAAAGAUAUACUGAGUUUGCUGCACACCGGAUCUGCGCGCGUCCAGCGUCAAGUGACGUCUCUGCUGCGAAGAAUUUUGCCUGAAAUAAAACCCGAAAAUUUAGCCAACGUAUUGGGAGUCGAACGAUUGCCCCCGUCAGAUUUUAGUAUCGUGUCAGUAACAAAUAGCGGAAAUUCCAACGCCUGCAAUUUUGAUGAACACGCCGCGGGAAUACUGGACGUCUUUCUGAGCUGCAUUGCAAAAACACUUGCGGUCCAGGUCAAGAUAAAAGGAAAAGAAAGUAAUGGAAAAGCCUUGCAAACAGUUUCAUUGGGAACGAGCAUUCAUCCGAAGAGUUACGUCGGAUCUAGAUGGUGGCUGCGCGGAUGCAUGACACGUAAACUUGCAGAGGUUAUUAUUAAACUGCUAAAAGAUAUGGCUACGGGUAAACUAUCGGACACAUGGGCGGCAGUUACGAAAGCUGCUAUAGCUGAAAAUAUAUUAAAUUUAACGCGAUUGGAUGAAAAACGACGGGAACCUGGAGAAUGUUUACGUACACCCACACUCUGGCUAGCGCUGUCUUCUCUCUGUGUAUUAGAUUCCGAUCACGUCGAACGUCUCUCCUCGGGACAGUGGAAUGCAACGAUGGACGGACAGCCACCGCCGCCACGUCCCACCUGCAGCAACCACGACGACGAGGAAACUACCGCGAUAAUUCAGUGUAAUGUUUGCGGUAAUUUGUGCGCUGACUGUGAUCGCGUACUGCAUUUACAUCGACGGACGCGAAUGCACAUGCGGCAGGUUUGUAAAGAAGAGGAGGAAGCGAUUCGUGUUGAUCUACAUGAAGGCUGUGGUAGAACAAAACUUUUUUGGAUUCUCGCGCUCGCUGACAGCCGAACAUUAAAAGCCCUCGUGGAAUUCCGGGAUGGUACACCGCGUAAACCUGUUGGUACUUCUGGGGUUUGUCGUUUUUGCGGUACCAGUGGUAAUUCCGGAUUACUGGCUAUUGGUAAUGUUUGCUCGGAUCAUGAUUGCCAAGAGCACGCUAAGAAUGCAUGUACUAAAAUUAAUUCCUGCGGUCAUAUUUGCGGUGGAGUGAGAAAUGAAAAAAAUUGUUUGCCUUGUCUACAUGGCUGCCAGGCUACGAGUGAUUUGAAACAGGACGCGGAUGACAUGUGCAUGAUAUGUUUUACUGAGGCUCUGUCCUGUGCGCCGGCUAUCCAGCUGCAAUGUGGCCACGUUUUUCAUCUUCACUGCUGCCGGAAUGUGUUGAUGAAGAGGUGGGUCGGGCCGCGAAUAACUUUCGGGUUUUCUUUCUGUCCGAUCUGUAAAGUGCCGAUUGAACACCCGACGUUAGAGGAACACUUGACCAGCAUCAAGGAAUUGUACACUGAUGUCAAGAGAAAGGCAUUGAUGCGACUGGAGUACGAAGGACUGCAUAAAGCUGAAGCAGUGACUGCGCCAGGAGGACGAUACUACAAGGACCCUGCGGCAUAUGCGAUGGACCGGUACGCUUAUUACGUCUGCUACAAAUGUCAGAAGGCGUAUUAUGGAGGUGAGGCUCGUUGCGAUGCCCAGCUCGGUGGGGAAUCGUUUGAUCCUACGGAGUUGGUCUGCGGGGGCUGCAGCGACGUGGCAAGGGCUCAGAUGUGUCCUAAGCAUGGAGCUGAUUUUCUUGAGUACAAGUGUCGGUACUGUUGCUCAACGGCUGUCUUCUUCUGCUUUGGUACCACACACUUCUGCAAUCCAUGCCACGACGACUUUCAACGGGUUACCAAUAUAUCCAAAAGCGAACUGCCUUCAUGUCCAGCUGGUCCACGAGGUAAACAAUUAGAAGGCGAUGAAUGUCCACUUCAUGUAAAACAUCCGCCAACGGGUGAAGAAUUUGCUCUUGGUUGUGGAAUUUGUCGCAAUGCGCACACAUUCUAAACAAAAAAAAACAAAAAUGAAUAACAAUAAUUUAAUUAAUUAAUAAUUAACAGUCUAAGUAAAACAUCUUCAUCGCUGGGUUGUUGCAUUUUUUAAAAUUAAUAAAUAAUUAAAUUAUUUAAAAUGACUGAGAAUUAAAAACAUAAUGUGAGAAUUUAAAUAAGAUUUCUAACGAGUGUAUAAUAUUUUAUUGCAUUUAUUAUUGGCACGAACUGGAGUAGUGGAUUUUAUUAGGUAAUUUUUUCUCUUUUUUUUUUU